CCGGUAGUAAAUUAACUAUUUAGUAUUUACUAUUUAAUACAUAGAUUAGAAUACCUUAUUUAAUAUUUAAUACAUCCCAGGAUUUCAGAUUAAGUAGCGUGUUUUAAACCGUGGUUCAUAUUGACAAUUAGUUUUUUGGUUCGAUUUGGCUGUUACUAACGACAUUAACUAUUGUUAUUUGUUGUCUGUUAGUACAAACUUUAGUUUAAAAAUAUUUGUCAUUAAUUAUUGUGUUUUUUUAAUUUCUAUCGGCUCGGCAACUCGUCACUCGUAUGUCGACAUCGUGUUUCGUAUUUUCGCCUGUGAAUAUAUAAAAUGUAAACACUGAACAGUGAAACUGAUUAAUGUUUGAUUAUUUUUCUCYGUUUAUUUCGUUUCCACAGCUUAAGUUUGAAGUUACGAACUUUAAAAAGUUUCCUUACCUCAUAUUCAAUCUGUGAAUAUCUGCUAUUAGUUUCAAAUUGAAUUAAAAAGAUUUUUGUAAUUGAAAUAUUUUACUUCAAAAUGCGUAUUAAACUAAACCUUUUGCAACUAACCCCGGACAGGAAUCCUUCAGUUUACUGGCUUCACAUAGAUAAAACUUGUAUUAGAUUAAUUAAACAUUUGAAAGAAAAAGUACGAAAAGUGUUGAGAGAAUCUCGUGAUAUAGAAUUAUGUUUUGACAAUGUACCAUUUCUGGAUGAAGAUGAUAUCAAUGCAAUUAAUGAAAAUGAAGAAAUAGGUGUUAUUCUGAAAAAAAGAAACAUUUAUGAUGACCCAAAAUAUAUCCAAACUGAAUCAAAUACUAUUGAGCUUGAUACGGAGUAUGAUAUGAUUCCUGCUAAUAUCAAUGGAGAUUUUUCCCCUAGUAAAGUGAAUAACCUCAURGAUGGAGCAUCCAAUAAUGAUAAUAAAAAUACAACUUCAUCCGAACUAUUAAAAAUACCUAAGAAAAGAGUUCGUAAGAGAACACACAAAAAAAGCAAAAAAAAUAUUGAACAUAUUGAAAAUGAUUAUGUAGGUACUUUAUCARAGACUUCUAUCACAUCCUCAAAGGAAGCUAGUAUAAUGCACAAACGUUUCAAAUUAGAUAAURGUGAAAACAAUGAACAAGAUGUUUGUUCUCCUUCCAUGAAUUCUGAAGAACCAAAUCUUCAUGUAACAAGAGAAGUUUUUCACUGUGAUUCUUUAGCUUUAAAUUCUAAAGAACAAAAAAAUACAACCCCACCUAUUUGGAAAAAUGAAAAACCAUUAAAUAUUAAAUUCAAUAAAGUUCCAGUAUUUGUACGUGGUCAAACGUGUACACCAAAGACUUCCUCUCAAAAUAGUUCUUAUAUUGAAAAUGAAAAUAAUCAAUCUAAUGAUAGCAUUAUAAGUGAUAAUUGUGAUAUGUUAGUAGUAGAUUGGAAGAACAUGUCUCAGAUUAAA